GGACCGCACCGCGGCACUGCUGAGCUCGGUCCGUACCAAAUGGGAGGGGCGUAACUGUCAAUGCGAAAACUCCAGCUUUCAAAUAGUCAUUCUCCGGUCCUCACGGCUCAAACCUUCAGCUGGCUGUUUUUUUUUCGCUCGCUAGCGGCAUUUGGAAUCUUUUCACUGUGUUAACUAUCUAUGCGUUUUUAAAAUGCUGCUGUUGUCGUUAUCAGGUCGAAGGCUAACUGGCUAGCAUAACCGCUAGCUAACGUUCAGCACUGGUUCGUCACCGACCGGCGAAAAAGGAACCAAAUAAGACUAUGGAUUAACAGUAUAACGGUACUUGAGUGCCCUGCCCAGACUAAACAGUACGAGCCAAAUAUAUCGAAAGAAGCAAAUAAUUGCUAAAGAUAUCCCGUUAAUUCACUGGGAAGUAUCAUCUCUCUUUUGAAACAUGACGGUCGUUGGUACCACAGUCGUUCCCACCAUGGUGCAGAAGUAUCAGUCACCCAUCAGGGUGUACAAGCAUCCAUUUGAGCUGGUGAUGGAGGCCUACGAGAGGCGAUUCCCCACGUGUCACCUGAUUCCCAUGUUUGUGGACAGCGAGGUGUUGGAGGAAACUGAGAGCGAGGACGGAUCCGUACACAAUGUCCAGCGCCGCUGCAAACUGGACGUGGACGCCCCUCGUCUCCUCAAGCGGAUUGCGGGGGUGGACUAUGUGUACUUCAGCCAGGAGAACACUCUGAACAAGAGAGAGAGGACGCUCCACAUCGAGUCCCACAACGAGACCUUCUCCAACAGAGUCAUCAUCCACGAACUCUGCAGCUACUCGGCCCACCCUGAGAAUGAGGACUGGACGUGUUUCGAACAGUCGGCCAGCCUGGACAUCAAGUCGUUCUUCGGCUUCGAGAGCACAGUGGAGAAGAUAGCCAUGAAGCAGUACGCCAGCAGUAUCAAGAAGGGUAAGGAGAUCAUAGAGUUCUACCUAAACCAGCUGGAGGAAGAAGGGAUAAGCCACGUGCCCCGCUGGACUCCCUCCCUGGAUGCUCCCCCCUCCUCCUCCGUCACCACCAAACCUGUCUGUGCCACUCCGAAGCUCCUCCAGCUGGAGCUGCCUGUCACGCCCGCCGUCUCAAUCCCCGUGUCCACGGAUGCCAAUGACCGUGAGCUUGCCGAUGCCACCCAAAGUGAAGCCACCAGCAACGAUGCCACAAACCAACCUGACGACCAGAUGGAGAAUCAGACGGGCACGCCCGAUGACAAGUUGGAUGCAGACUACAUCAAGCGCUACUUGGGAGACCUGACUCCUCUGCAGGAGAGCUGUCUGAUCAGACUACGACAGUGGCUGCAGGAGAGCCACAAGGGCAAGACCCUUACCCUCACUCCCGCCUCUCCCUCCUCGCCACCUUUCCAGAUCCCUAAGGAUGAGCACAUCCUUCGUUUCCUGCGGGCCAGGGACUUUAACAUGGAGAAGGCCAGGGAGAUCCUGUGUCAGUCCUUAACAUGGAGGAAACAGCACCAGGUGGACUAUCUGUUAGAGACGUGGACCUCACCACAGGUCCUUAGUGACUACUACACUGGAGGGUGGCACCACCAUGAUAAAGAGGGUCGUCCUCUCUAUAUCCUGCGCCUGGGACAGAUGGACACCAAGGGGCUGGUCCGAGCCCUGGGGGAGGAGUCUCUACUCAGACACGUUCUAUCUAUAAACGAGGAGGGCCUCAGGCGCUGUGAGGAGAACACCAAAGUCUUCGGCCGACCAAUCAGUUGUUGGACGUGUCUGGUGGACCUCGAAGGGCUAAACAUGCGCCACCUGUGGCGACCGGGGGUUAAGGCCCUUCUGAGAAUCAUUGAGGUGGUGGAGGCCAACUACCCAGAGACCCUGGGACGCCUGCUCAUACUGAGGGCUCCUAGAGUCUUCCCUGUGCUCUGGACCCUGGUGAGCCCGUUCAUCGACGAGAACACCCGUAAGAAGUUCCUGAUCUACGCUGGAAAUGACUACCAGGGCCCCGGCGGCCUGCUGGACUACAUAGACAAGGAGGUCAUCCCUGACUUCCUGGGAGGAGAGUGUAUGUGUGAAGUCCCAGAGGGGGGCCUGGUUCCCAAGUCUCUGUACCGUACUGCAGAGGAGCUGGAGAACGAAGACAUCAGCCUGUGGACAGAGACUAUCUACCAGAGUGCCAGCGUCUUCAAGGGAGCGCCCCACGAGGUGGUGCUCGAGAUCAUCGACGCCGCCUCCGUGAUCACCUGGGACUUUGACGUGUGUAAGGGCGACGUGGUCUUCCACCUCUACCACUCUAAGCGCGCCCCACAACCCCCCCGCAAGGACCCCCUAGUGGGGCAACACAGCAGCAUCACCACCCCCGGGGGGAACAACGUCCAGCUCAUAGACAAGUCCUGGACCUUAGGCCUGGACUACAGCAUGGUGGAGUCACCACUCACCUGCAAGGAGGGGGAGAGCGUGCAGGGUUCCCACGUGACCAGGUGGCCCGGGUUCUACAUCCUGCAGUGGAGGUUCCACACCAUGCCGGGCAGCGCCUCCACCAACCUGCCCCGCGUGGACGACGUCCUCGCCUCCCUGCAGGUCUCCUCACACAAGUGCAAAGUCAUGUACUACACAGAGGUCAUUGGCUCAGAGGACUUCAGAACGGCUUGCUUUGACGUUCAAAGUUUGGGCUCUAUGACCAGUUUGGAGUCGAGCCACAGUGGUUUCUCCCAGCUCAGCCACGCCACCUCUAACCACUCCCAGUCCAGCUCCAUGAUCUCCAGGUAGAGGACUACAACUCUUGCCAAGGACUACAAUUCUUCCUCUUCUGAACUACCAAGUCCCAGCUCCUCCAGCCUUCACAGUCCACACUUUCCGCCCUAUCCACCUCAAACCUGUACUACUAUUAGUCAGUCACAAUGUGGAUCUGAAGCAUGCUUGCACAACAGAGGAGAAAGAACAUGUCGGCAGUUGAAAAACUGAGAACAAAGACUUGUGAUUUAAAGGGCUCUGUUUUUUUCUUGCAGUAGGCCAUGUAUAUUUCUUCCCAGCUUUCUGCUGGGCUGCUGAACAGAACGUUGGCAGAACGUUUUUCUGCUUGCUGAGACUUUGGUAGGUGUGGGAAGUGUCGCACCCAUAUGGAUGCCGGAUCAAGCAAUUGUCACACUCAUCUAAGGAGCUGUGAGACCGGAUUAAAAACCGGAUGCGCCGUUACAUAUAUGCAUUAGAACACUUUACACAUAUGCACACCUCCAAGGUGUUGGUGAUACGGGGAUGCGCUGUCACAUAAGAACAUGGACACUUUAUAGGUUGAAGAAACGGGAUGCGCUGUUACAUAAGAACAUGGACACUUUAUAGGUUGAAGAAACAGGAUGCGCUGUUACCUGCAGACAAACAUGCUCAAAUAUCGGAAGACGCACAAACGCAUACUGUAUCGACACAAACCAUAAUCACACCUGCAAUGGCAUGAAAAACUACAGUGUUUGCCAUAUCAC